CUUCUCUCUCUCUCUCUUUCUCUCCAACCUCAGAAUUCUGCAGCAAAUUAACCUUUCAAAUUGGGGAUUUUUAUUUUUCUUGGGGGGCUUUCUCGCAAAAUGGAGACAGGAACGCCGGCGUUGAGCGGGACCCUCCUCUUGGACCGCGUCGGCGAUGUCGUCGUCACCCUCAAUUCCGAUGGCAUCUCAUGGAGCGCUGUUGAUAACGUCUCAGGCACCUCUUUCUGCUUAGGCAUGACAAUGAACUUGAAGACUGAGGAUGAGAUUAAGUUUUCCAAUAUUUAUGCUGUCGAGUUUAUUGGUUGGGGUUUAAUUUAUGACUUUGUUUGGAAAGGUGGACUUCUUUUGGGCAAGAACUCUGAGAUGAAUCGAUUUGUGGUGCAUGGUUUCUAUAAGAAAAAGAAUUACAAUUCUCCUUGGGUUCUUUCUUCUUAUAUCUUUGGGCAUGAGGAUUUUCAAACAUGCAAAACAUGGGUGGACCGUUUACAUGCUCGCAUUAACAUGGAAGUUGGAAGACCAAAGAGUCUUUUGGUUUUUGUUCAUCCACAUUGUGGAAAAGAGAAUGGACGCAAAACUUGGGAAUCUGUUGCUCCUCUAUUCGUCCGGGCUAAAGUGAAAACAGUAGUAAGCCUAACAAAGAGAGCAGGGCAUGCAUAUGACAUAGUAAGUUCGUCAACAAACAGAGAACUUAAUGCGGUAGAUGGCAUUGUAACUGUGGGGGGUGAUGGCCUCUUUCAUGAAGUUUUAAAUGGACUCUUGCGUUCAAGGCAUAAGGAUCCUUAUCCACCACCACCUCCGGAGUUCAAUUUUCCUAGAAAUGGAGUCAAGCAUCAAGACAAUAACAAGAACGGUAGUAAUUGUAGGGCCUCUAUUGAUGGUCCAAGUGAUGAAGUACCUGAAUCUUUAUUUAAAAGUGAUGACCAAGAACCUCUCAUCUCUACUUCAGAAUUAAGUGGACUCAGCCCCUCAAAAGCAAUAACCGAAAGUGGAUCAUGUGAUACAGAUCAAGAUAAUGAAUUUUCCUUUCCGAAUGAUAGCACAACUGGCAUUCGGGAUUCUGUAACAUCUGCUUUACAAAUUAUCCUCGGAAAAAAAAUCUCCCUUGAUAUAGCUCAGGUGGUGAGAUGGAAACAUACUACUUCAUCUGUUGAUGUGCCUUCCGUACACUAUGCAGCUUCAUUUGCAGGGUAUGGUUUUUAUGGAGAUGUCAUUAAGGAGAGUGAAAAGUAUCGUUGGAUGGGUCCUAAGCGUUAUGAUUUUGUUGGAACAAAGGUGUUUCUAGAACACAGAUCAUACGAAGCAGAAGUAACUUUUCUAGAAGACAAAAUGAUUGAUCCAAACCCUAAACCUGAGAAGAUUCAGUGUGGGCCACAAAGAUCACUCAGUUCUCGAAAGAAUCCUGAGAAAGUAUUUUGCCGUGUUAACUGCACAGUUUGUAAUAAGACUGAAAUAUCAUCUGUGGAUGAUGAGAGAGGCAUCACAAAUGCUAGCAUUCAGUCAGAGGAUUCAAGGUGGGUACGAACUAAAGGGCGUUUUCUUAGUGUUGGUGCAGCUGUUAUUUCAUGUCGAAAUGAGAAAGCUCCUGAUGGUUUAGUAGCUGAUGCACACCUUGGCGAUGGCUUCCUGCAUCUUAUACUAGUCAAAGAUUGCUCUCGCUCUUACUACUUAUGGCAUCUCACACAGCUUACAAGGAGGGGUGGCAACCCCUUAAAUUUCAAGUUCGUGGAACACCACAAAACACGUGCAUUUACAUUCAUGGCAAAUCACGAUGAGAGUUCAUGGAACUUGGAUGGGGAACUCCUGCAAGGAUGUCAAGUUACCGUAAGAGCAUGCAGAGGUCUCGUCAACUUAUUUGCCUCUGGGCCUGAAGUCUAACAUUUACUAGGGUAGAUACAAGUAUCUGAUAUGAAGGACAAAAUGAAAGGCUUGCUUUAUGUGCAUAGUGGAGGUGGUGGAAUUGCAAUAAACCAUAUCUAAAUGUAUCGGUAUAGUGAUCAGGGUUCCUCUGCCUCGCAAAAGCUUUAAAAAGUACUACUUUUGUGCAUAAAUUGAAGAUAACAUCUAUUACCAAAAAUAUGAGAAAACUGUUUCUUCUGUAGAAUACUUACCAACUAUACAUAUUUAUUACACGUCAUAUAUUUUGCAUCUGUAAGCAAAUUUCAGGGUCAAUAUAUAUUUUUGAGAAGCAUUCUGCUC